UCUGACAGUCGCGGCGCAGGCACCGAGCCCCUCGCCAGCCCCACGCAGUCACAGCGACCUCCGGCUCGUCCCGCUCUCUCUUCCGGCGCUGCGGAGCUGCAUCUGGCGUGUACCUGGCACCACCCCGGCCGCGCUGGAGCCCGCGCCCGCCCUGGCCCGGCCACGCCGGGAACCCGGCCCGGAGCUGGAGCCCCAUCUGGAGCCACGGGCCCGGGGCCCUGAGCCGCGCAGCCGGCGCAUGGUCAACUCGCUGCUGUUCGGGGAGAUGGCCUUGGCUUUCGGCUGCCCGCCGGGGGGCGGCGGCUGCGCAGGCGGUGGCGGUGGUGGUGGGGCCGGGCCGGGGCCCUCGCCUGUAACGGCGGCACUGCGGGACGAUCUGGGCUCCAACAUCCACCUCCUCAAGGGGCUCAACGUGCGCUUCCGCUGCUUCUUGGCCAAAGUGCACGAGCUGGAGCGGCGCAACCGGCUCCUGGAGAAGCAGCUGGAGCAGCAGCAGAGCGAGCGCGAGCGGCGGCUGCGCUACAAGACCUUCUCCCGCGAGCAGGCCGUGCAGACCGGGCCCGAACUGCUGCGGCCGCCGGCUGCGGGCGGCGGGCAGGCCCUCGGCGCGGCCACCGGCGUCAACGCCAACGCGGUGGCCCUGGGCGGCCUGCCCCCCGGCGGCGGCUCGCACCCACAGCACUACGGUCGCCUGCCCGGGACCAUAUGGAGCUACACGCAGGUGCGGCGCACUGGCGGCGGCGGCGUGGAGACAGUGCAGGGCCCCGGCGUCUCGUGGGUACACCCGGACGGCGUGGGUGUGCAGAUUGACACCAUCACGCCAGAGAUCCGCGCACUCUACAACGUGCUGGCCAAGGUGAAGCGCGAGCGUGACGAGUACAAACGGAGAUGGGAGGAAGAGCUGGCCAAGCGUAUGAACCUCCAGACCAUGGUGGACACACUGCAGGAGGCAGCGCAAGAAGCUGAGGCCAUCCAGGAGGAGAUGAACGAGAAAAUCGAACGGCUCAAAGCCGAGCUGGUGGUGUUCAAAGGGCUCAUGAGUGACCCCAUGACAGACCUGGACACAAAGAUCCAAGAAAAGGCUAUGAAGGUGGACAUGGACAUCUGCCGCCGGAUCGAUAUCACGGCUAAGCUGUGCGAUGUCGCACAGCAGCGCAACUCGGAAGACGUGUCCAAGAUCUUCCAGGUGGUCCCUAAGAAGAAAGAUCGUAAGGUGGCUUCAGAUGAUGACGUCUCCGAGCAGGAUGGGGAGGUGAAUCGGUUCUCAGAUGAGGAGGUCGGCUCCAUGAACAUCACCGAUGAGAUGAAGCGCAUGUUUAACCAGCUGCGGGAGACCUUUGAUUUCGAUGACGACUGUGACAGUCUGACUUGGGAAGAGAAUGAAGACACCCUGCUGCUAUGGGAGGAUUUCACCAACUGUAACCCGACCAUUGACCUGCAGGGCGAGCAAGAAGAAAACUUGGGCAACUUGAUCCAUGAGACUGAGUCCUUCUUCAAGACGAGAGACAAGGAGUACCAGGAGACGAUAGGGCAGAUCGAGCUGGAGCUGGCCACAGCCAAGAGCGACAUGAACCGACAUCUGCAUGAGUACAUGGAGAUGUGCAGCAUGAAGCGAGGCCUGGAUGUGCAGAUGGAGACCUGCCGCCGACUCAUCAAAGGCUCUGCAGACAGGAAUUCACCGUCCCCCAGCUCUGUGGCCAGCAGCGACUCAGGAAGUACAGAUGAGAUCCAGGAUGACCUGGAGCGGGAGGCAGAUGUGGAGCCCAUGGUCAGCUGAUAAUGGAGGCCCUGGGCAACUGGUGGUCUUGGUGAUGGGGCCCAGGCUGCUCUCCUCACUGAGCCACACAGACUCUGUCCUUCCUCCUCUGGAGGCCCAGCGGGACCGCUGCUUCCUUCCUUCCUCCACCGCCCACCACUCGCCCACGGAAUGGUGCUGUCGAUUUUCUACCGUCCUCCACAUCACAAAUGCAGACUUCUGUGCGACGAUGCAACUGUGCCUUCUCCCUUAAGCUGAGCCACUUUGAGCUCCAAAGAAUUCUUCCUAGCAGGUGUUUUUUAUACAAAACUCUUAAGGCGAGGGUGGGGCCUGGGUGUGGUAUCUCUUGGUUUUGUCACUCCCACCUGCUCCUCUGAUUGACCACGAGCUUUGCCCUCCCUCCCUCUGUCCUGGCCCUGACUGGCUUCAAGUUGGUGGCCACCUGGGGGAAUCUGCCUUCCAGAAGAAGGGGGCCGUUUACCUCCAGACCUGGGUGAGGAGGACUCCUUAGUUCUUUCUCACCCACUGAAGGAGAGAGAGGCCGAUGGAAUGCCGGGAGGGGAGACCAAUUUUUUUCUUUUUCUUUUGGAUCUAGUGGCGAUGUGUUGGGGCAAGGCACUGUCGGGGAAGGUAGAGCCUCACUGUUUAAACUAUGCAAAAAACAAAAACAAAAAAGCAGCUUGCCUUAUAUCAGUGGGGAAGGCAGGCCCUCUCUCAGACUCCUGGGAACUGGGAGGGAGGCCAAGGUUAGCAUGAAACCCUCAUAGCCUCUGAGGGUGAGCGGUGAAUUUGGAGAUGGUCCCAUUCAGACCUCUGGUGAGGCCUG